ACAGCGAACACCCACUGCUGGGUAUUAGUCGAGGAAAAUUCAUCACUGGGUGUUCUUGGGCCCAAUUCGUCCUCAUAUCUCCGCAGGGAAAGGUUUUGGGGUUGCUCGUGAGGAUGGAGAACUACGUGAAAUUUUGUGUGAAGUGGUUUAUUGUGUGUUUGUUAGUAUUUCAUUCCAAUGUUAAUGGGGAGGAAGACGAUCACGGUGAUGAAGACCACGCUGCCAUGGAGUCCAGCUUACUUUCCCAUCUCUUCUCAAACUACAAUACGAUCUCCAUGCCCUUCAAUCCGGACGGUCCUGUGGUGGUGAAACUGGGUAUGGCACUGUUUAAGAUGGUAGACCUGGAUGAAAAACAUCAGAUACUUUUUAGCAGUCUUUGGAUGCGGAUGAGCUGGACUGAUAAUCGCUUGAAGUGGAACACUACUGAGUUUGAGAUUGAAGACCUUCAUAUCCCAUACACCCGCGUGUGGCGGCCUGAUAUAACACUAUAUAACGACGUAGGUGAAGACGAAAAAUCCCUGGAUAAAUACCCAGUGAAGGUGCACUCCGAUGGCAGCGUCCUAUGGCUGGCGCCCGUUCUGUACAAAAGCUAUUGCAGGCUGGACGUUAGAUAUUUCCCCUACGACCAACAGGUGUGUCCACUGCGCUUUGGCUCGUGGAGUUUCCAUGGUGACCACCUCCUCCUUACCAAUAUGUCUGAAUCCGGGGAUACCAGCGAGUUCGUUGAUAACGGCGAGUGGGAGCUAGUGGCCAUGCCGUUGAAAACAUCUAUAAAAAGCUACCAGUGCUGUAGCGGGACCUAUGCUCUUGUGACGUUUUAUAUAGUAAUGAAAAGGCGGGCGCUGUAUUACGUCUUUAACAUCAUCAUACCAUGCAUCUUGAUUGUGGCGGUCUCGUUGCUGUCGUUCUACUUGCCACCCGAGUCUGGAGAAAAAGUGUCGCUGGUGGUGACUGUCCUGCUUGCCCUGACAGUUUUCAUGUUACUGAUAGCAGAUAUCAUGCCGCCCCAGGCCGACGUGGUACCAUUUAUAGCGAUCUAUUUCGCCUGCAUUAUUGCACUUCUUUGUUUGACGACCACCAUGACCGUUAUGAUCAUCAACCUGCAAUACAGCGGGAACCAUGGUAACCGAGUCCCUCCGUGGCUGAAGCGAAUCUUGUUUGGAUGGCUAGCAAGACCCUUGUGUCUGAAUGAAUUAAUUCAGUUGAACCUAGAUAUUGUGAAGAACUCCCAGGUAAUGUAUUCCUUCAUUUCUUUAUCAACGUAUGGAUACAUAAUAAAAUAUUGAAUUUUUCAAUUAAUUCAUUUUUCAAUCCAUCCAUUAAUCCAUAUGUGCAGUCGUACACGA